CGGUAUGUAAUUUCAUGCUCUUUGUCUCAUAACCAUUGGUCUGACAUUUGUUUUGACAACCUUGAUCGUUCAACGCCUUUCGACCUCUCGAUAUUCACUAGCUUCGUCGUCAGGCAACGAGACUGCAUUUUGUUUCACAUAAGCAUAAUCAUACCCACUGAUAAUUAUCAAUUCUACGCACAACAUGCCCAACUCGAUUUUUGGCACUCCUUCUCAUCUUUUAGCUGAGUUGGCAUCUGGUUCAACGCCGACUGGCAAUGGCCCAGUCCAUAUGCCAACCUCUGUUCACCAACCGCCACCUAGUUUUCCAGUCCAAUUCGGUACCAUCGGAAAACCGCCCAAUUUACUCAGUCGUAUUUCUGCGCCUGAUCCGAUGGGCCAAAUAUCCUUUCGUUCUCCCUCACCAGGGAUGUCACCUCUUCCACCCCCAGUGACCACUGGUGCCCCAGUUCAAAACUCGCGAAAGCUGGCAGAGCGGAUUCAGAUGGGUCCUUCCCAACUCAACUCAUCAGCACAAUCCCCAGGUCUUCAUCCAGUACGUGAACCACGGAUAAAUCAUAACUGUCACAUUGCUGCAAACUCUCCCGUUUCGUCGGACAAUUUAAUUCCUCCAAUCGCAGUGAUUAUCCCGGUCGCUUCCGAGUCAAACAAGUCUUUAUCUGAGCAAAUGCAAGCCCGAGCAAAUGGAAUACCUAUCGCCAACAAAGUCAGAAAGGCACUAACGCCCGAACUUGUCUAUCCCGCCCCAUCACCUACAACUCCGACCAUUCGUCAAUCCAAUCAUAACAUUUCAUUGUCCAAUCCAUCUGGGUCACCCAAACCAAAUUUCUCUGUGGGGCUCUUUCCCCAAUUUCCACCAACCCAGAGUCUAUUCUCGUCGACGCUAUUAGCAUCUCAUUCUCCGAACUUUCCGCCAGCUGGGCUCAGUUCAAGCCAAGUUCUUGACGUUGCCCCACCUGAAGGAUCUCAGCAGCAAGUCGUGCAAGAAUCCCUGUCCGACCUUUAUAACCGGCUUCACGCACAGAGCAGUGCUUUGGCAUCCCUCGCCCCUCCUACAUUGCCUUCUAGAACUCCAUCCCCAUUUGCAACCCCUUUGAAUAUAUCCCAGUUAGCUGCUGGCCUUCACAGUGAAAUGAAUACAGAGGAGCCUGGCACCAUUGUUCUUCGACACCCAUAUCCUCAGAGCGGUUCCACUUCAAACGGUACCUUGGAUCAAGAAUUGUUACCGUCUGGUGAUAGUAACGCACUCGCUUUGACGAGUUCUCAAGCUUCGAAUCUGCCAACCUCGCGGAGCACACACCUUGUAUCAUUGGUAGAAGCCGCGAAGCAGUUUCAAGCCGCCGCCGGCGCUGCCGUCAAACUGCAGCUUGAUGCGGACCGUGCAUUUCAGGCAGAGCGCAUGGAAUUCGACGAACGACGAAAAGUGUUCGAGGAACGCAUGCUCGCGAGGGAGGCUGAACAUCAGGCUCAGAUGCAAGUGGCGCAGAAGCAGUUGGAGGAGUUGCGCGCCAGGGAGGAAAAACUUGUGGCGCUGGAGGAGGAGUCACGACUCAGAGAUGAGACGAGGCGCGCCCAAGAUGCUCAGCGCCGUGCUCGAGACUACCAGCGCAAGCUCGAGGACGAGUCAAGACGCACGGCCAUCCAGGAAGAAAUUACUGAGACGAUGAAGCUUCUCGAACAAGCAAAGGCAGAGAUGAAACACUGGCAGAAGGAAAGAGAGCGUGCCGAGAGAGACAAGACUCCGGCUCAAAACAACGCACCACCGCUGCAGUUUUCUGUUGGUGCUUGGCCUUGUGUUGAGAAGGAGGAUGGUAUGACCGAAGAAGAGAUCGAGAUGGUUGCCAACUAUAAGAGGACUUCUGAGUACCUGAAAUCGGCAAACGAUUGGGUUGAUCGAUCUCUCUCGGCUCUUCAGCGUAUGAAAGAGACGCGUUUGCAGGCGGCCGCAGCAGAGCAUCGGCGAAUUGCAGAAGAAGCAGAGAGGCAGAUAGUCCAGGCUGAAGAAGCUGCGAAACGCGCUGGUGAAGAACAAGAACAACAACGCAGAGAGCAGGCGCUCGAUACUCGGCAGGGCCAACAGCCACCCGUUGCGGUUGGUGGAGAGCAUCUUUCGCAUGCAGCCCUCCUCGCUCAGCAGUCAGCACACGCAGAGGCACAGCUGCAGAACACCCAGAUCGAUACGCAGGCUGAAUAUAAUAGGCUUCGUGCUGAAGUGCUCGCGAAGAAACAGCAAACCACUUCGGAAAACGCCACUCGCAUCCACGCUGAGCGUGCCGGACACCCCGCGAUCUCUACGACUGAUGGUGACGGCCCGGAUGAUAUGCUCGUGGAGAUGGAAGUGGAUGAAUUAGCGUCGCCGGUCGAACAUACUGUGCCAUUGCUGGGUCAAGGUGCUUCGCACACGAAAUCCACCUCACGGACAAAGAAGACAGCUCGUCCUCAGGGAACUUCUGGCAACGUUAUGUUUGGUACGCCGUCAACCACUACAUCUCGACUCUCGGACGGUCCCCUUUCAUCGUUAAUGUCGACGCCCGUGACAUCAUCAGCUGUCCCGACCUCCUAUAAGACACCUUCGUUUGUGUCGGCUUCCACUGAGGUCGGGAGACAGGUCAUCACAGACGCGCCUUUGUAUCCCACUCAGUUGGCUUCUGAGUUGCAUAUGUCCCCCUCUCCCUCGUCAAAUGUACGACUUCCGACUUUCAAACAGAUCCCGUUCCCCACUACUCCCAAGUCACGCACUAUCAUCCGUAGUGAAGGCAAUGACUGGGCUGAAUGGCCUAUUGGUCCUGAGGCGGAUCUCUCACCGGCUCAGCGAGACGCGAAUUUGCGACACAUCAAGAAGAAUAGACACCGCGUCGAGGAGAAUGCUACUGGAGAUCGGAGCGUGAAGCAACCUGAUGAAUCGCUUCCUGCCAAGGCGAUCAAGACGGAGGAAAUGGUGGUUGGGGAGUUGCAUGAUCAAGAACAGACGAGCAACGUCCCUCAGGGAGGAGUGUUCGCGCAAACCACAGAUACCAUGGUUCCCAUUCAAAACGACAGUCCGCCGCCCACUCAGGCCAUUUCAAACACGAAUGAUUCUCAACCGAACGAUAUCCCUCAGACUUUUGCUGAACUCAUCACCAGUCAACUGCCAAAUACAUCUGCGCGCGCCGGUACUCAAGUUGAUUCAGUAGGUGGAUCCGGGCCCGUGCCCAUGCCCGUGCCUAGGGUCACAAAAACACGCAGCCCAGAUCCCUGGGUCAUGGAUGCAUCUGUAGACCGUCAGGAAUGGACUGCAGAUCCCGCAUCCCCUCGUUCUGGGCCUUUGGAAUUCGCCCAUGGUUAUGAUCCUGAACAGCACUCUCGACAGAAUUCUCAGAUUAGUAGACGAACUAGAUCCCCAGAACCUCCAGUUUCCGCCCGCAGUAAUGGUACCAACGGCGGGUCUCGUGUUGAUCAUGGACAGCGUCAGCAAAGCGGCCCUCGUUACCCGGACCAUUAUUCUCCCCCUCCUGCAUCUGCGACCUCUUCUCAUUCACGACACCUCGAGCAAAAUGUUGUUGUCGCAGAUUUUCACUCCGGUCUUCCUCCUCCGCGUCCACUGUCGCCGAUGAAUGGUGACAGGAAAAGGCCAGCAGAGCGCAAUAACGAAGAUGACAAUCGUUAUCGCCGUCGACCAAGAAGCGAUCUCUAUGAAUCAGAGCGAGACAGAGGUUAUCGGAAUCCUCGCGAAGUGGUACCGACCCGUCGCUCCCCUACUCCCGAGUGGCACAGGGGUCGUUCUACAUCACCAUCAGAGUUCCGCGGCUCAACGUAUAUUCGACUACGGUCACCCUCGCCAUCCCGCCAAGUUAGGUCGCAAAGAGAUACACUUGAUAGGCGAGGCGGGCAGAAUGAAAGCAGUUACACACCGGAUUACACCAACACCGUGGAUCCUAUCCGGCGUCCCUCAGAUGCGAAAUACAGUAUGGAAGAGCGUCCCUGUGAUGUCCGUGACGGCCAACCCUCACUUCUAGGGCGGCUUUCGAGUCCGGGACAUCGUGGAAACCCGGUUCGCGGCAAGGGUCGUGUCAGAGGUGACGCUGGGAGAGGGAGAGGUGGUGGUGGUGGCCGAGGUCGAACACAACCGCCCUACCCAUAUAGGACCUUGGAGGAACGCCUCGAGUGACGAACUGGUUUUGCGAAGGUUUGAUGUUUUUUGUCCUUUCAUAUGAUGCAGCAUGUCCUCUAUGCUAUAUGCGUUUAACUUUGUCUUCAUGUUUGUCUUCGAUCGCUUAACCUGCAAAGUGCAAU